AUGGCGACGGAGGCCAAAGAGGUCCUGGAAUUCAAGCCUGAAAUUGGGGUGUCCAACGGAGGCCUCUGGGGCGCCUGGGCCUGGCAGGAGAUGUGCCCGGAGGAGACCUACGCCACGGGAUUCAGCCUCAAGGUAACACCCCCUCCCCACCCAAAAUAAAAGCCCCACCCCUCCUUUGUGCCUGGUCUGGCUCUCCCAAACAGGGGGCCAUCCCAGCUGAGCCCAGAGGUGCACGAAGGAGCAGGGGCGGACCUACAUUGGGGUGCCCUGAAGCCUGAACUGCCAUGGGGGCCCCUUCACAACCAGCAACGAGGUCUGUGUCCCCACCGCCAUCAUCUUGAAGGGGGUUGUUUCCAGCCUUCACAGCAUCUGGGCUACUGACUCUCGGACUUGGAGAUUGUUGAAAUAUAUGAACAAACAGUAAUCAAUUUGAGUCACGCAGCUCCAAUUGGGUCUACUAGACCCAUUUUUUUAAAGCAAUGUGAAAUGAGGUCACUUCUGGGGCUCCUCUGGGAUUGGGGCCCUGAAGAUGGAGCUUUGUUAGUUUCAUAGUAGAUCCGCCCCUAUGGAGGAGUGGAAUUUGGGCAGUGCUCCUGAGCAUGUACAAAGCGCCUUUCUUCCUGACAGCCUCCCUGCUCCCCUGGUGACCAAACAGCAAAAAUGGAAUGAAUUCAUUUCCCCCCUCCAUUUAUUAACACUUUUAUACAGCUUGAUAAGGGGGGAAGAACCCCCCUCCAUUUCCAAGAUGUUUUGUGAUGCUGCUGCUUGAGAGGGAGCGGUGACUCUCCCAGUGGGAAGCCAGCAAGCAGGAUUCGCACACAAGACUCCCUCCCCUCCUUCAGCUUCUUCUGCUUCUUUGGCGAUCACUCUUAGCAGAGUAAGAUUGUCUUGCAUAUCAAAGGGUGGCUUCCAGCAACUGGUGUUCAGAGAAGCAGAGCAUGACUGUCAUGGCUAGUUACCAUCCAUAUCCCUCUCUUCGUGAAUUUGUCCCCUCUAGGUUGGUGGCCCUCACAGCCUCCUGUGGCAGGGAGUUCCACAGUUUAACUGCGACGCCCUUCCUUUCACCUGCCCUGAAUCUCCCAACAUUCAUGUUUCCCUGGAUGCCCUCCCUGUGUCCUGAGAGAGGGAGGUGACUUAUCUCUAGAUGUUUUCUCCAGGUCGAAAUGAUUUUAUACAUUGAUAAUAAUAUAAUAAGAAUUUAUUACUUAAACCCCGCCCAUCUGUCUGGGUUUCCCCAGCCACUCUGGGCGGCUCCCAAGAGAAUAUUAGAAGCACGAGAAAACAUCAAAUGUUAAUAACUUCCCUAAGCAGCAGGUUUGCUAUAGCGCGUUGCGCUGCCUGCGUAAUUCCAGAGUGGAGUCCCCGAGAUGCUUGAAUGGCGCCUCGUCCGCCUCCUUCCGGCAGCUCCCGCAGCCAAGCCGGUGCCAAACGUCUUGCUCUGCUUUCCUUUGGACCCCCUCAGUGAGGCCGAGAGGGGGUCUCGUCGUCUGGGAAGCCCAGGACCUCCAGGCACACGGCCUAGACUUGCGCCCUGGCGAGGGCCGAGGUGCGCUCCCUUGUCUCUCUCCAGACAGAGGCGGAUGCCCGUCUCUCCUUCGCCUUUUCUCUAACUUGAAAAGCCCCGCACGCCGAAACCUUUCCCCCCAUUGUGUGUGUGUGGGGGGGGGGUCCUCCAUCUCCUUUGGCCGACCACCCUUCUCCCUCGCCGCCCCAGGUGGAAGCCUAUCGGGGCCCGAUGGACGACGACACGGCGCUGAACGGCAUCCGGCUCUUCUGCACUCGGGGCGGCCGGGGCGACAAGCACGAAGCGCACACCGUGGAGUCCCAGAGCGGCCCGUGAGUGGCUCCCUCUGCCUGGCCCCUGCGCCCCCACCCCCGCUCGACCCAAAGGAUUGCCCAGCCGCCCUGCUCCUCAGGGCACUUUGCUGGGCUAGGGUCUGGGUUCGAAUCCCCGCACUCGGUCCUGAAGCUCUUACUGGGCGACCGGGGGGCAGUUACUGCCUUCUCUCAUCCUGGCCUACCUCGCAGGGUUGUGGUGGCGGUCCCUUGGUGAGCUUCGUGACCGAGUGGGGAUUCGAACUCUGGCCUCUCCAAGAUCCUAGUCCUCAUUUAAUCCCUGCGACAUGAAAGGGGGCGGACUCUCCUUCCUUGGAUGGCCACCGGCCGGAGAUGCUGCAGCUGAGAUUCCUGCAUUGCCGAGGGUUGGGCUGGAUGACCCUUGGGAUCUCUCCCAACUCCGCAAUUCCAUGAUUGCGUGACUCCACCUGUUCGGACCUGCAUCUCCCAUCCGCCCCAGAGAGCACAACCAUUUGUGACCUCACGGCGUGCCUUGCAGGGGGCUGGACUAGAUGGCCCUCGAGGGCCCUCCCAACGCCGCAAUUCUAGGAUUCUAACAACCCGCCCUCAAUGUCACCCAGCGAGAGGGGAUUCGAAGCCUAGUCUCGGCCACGUCCUCGUCCGGCGCUCCAACCACUGCGCAGCACUGCCGGGCCUGACUCUCUCUCUCCCGCCCCCUUUUCUCCCCCAGGUGGGGCCAGUGGUCGCCGCCCAGCUGGUGCCCCGAGGGCACCUACCUGACGAGGUUCUCGCUGCGGGUGGAGCAGACCCGGCGCGGCCUCCACGACGACAUGGGCGCCACCAACGCGCGCUUCGCCUGCUCCGGGGGCGCCCACCUGGAGGGGCGCGGCCUGAGCUGGGGGGAGUACGGCGAGUGGAGCCCGCCCUGCCGGAAGGGCCUGUGCGGCAUCCAGACCAAGCAGGACCCGGUGCGCGGAGCCCUGAGGGACGACACCGCCCUCAACGACGUGCGCUUCUUCUGCUGCGGCCGCUGA